AUGCAGUCGUCUCCUCCCACAAGCGAUGGGAAAGCGCGUGCUAUUCGAGAACUCUCACGUAGUCUCAGCCACAGCCCCAGGAAUAUCACAUCGCCUUCACCACCACCAAGCGACUCGAAUCCCACCCAGCGCUCGGGCUUUGGCACCAACACGUCUCAAUUCUUUGACGAUCCAAACAUUCUCAUGUCUACACAACAUAACCUGGGCGACGACACCAACACACUUCCAGGAUACCCGCGCAUUCGCUCGACUGCAAAGAAGAUGAACACAUGGGCUCCGUUCCGUUCCGAGCAGGUCCAGCCCGACACGUCCAUGGUCAACAAGGAGUUUGGCGACUUUGACCACAGCAUUUCCGACGAGGAAAGCAUGGCCGUCGAGCAGGCGCGAGGUAACCGCAGCAACCGCGGUACCCCCAGCAAGAUGAGCUCUCAGUUUAACAGCCUCUACGACAUCACACCCCCCACCAACCGAUCACGCAAAUCAUACCAAGCAGAGACUGGUAGCCUUCGACGUGACGCGGCAAUCCGACGAGCCUCGCGUAACGACCUGGAUACUGCAUCACCACGUCCUGCGAGCAAGCGCAAUUCUCCCGCCUUGUCUACAAAGGAGGAUCGCAAGCGCACUUCACUUGCACAGCUGCACGCGAAGCUGUCCGAGGACGAGUCGUCGUUUAUGGAGCACCGACCACCAACACUGACCAUGGAUUCGGCCAAGAACACGCGCUGGGGUAACAGGAGCCGACAGACUUCGCUCCAAACUGAUGGCAAUGUCGAUACUUUCCCACAGCCAAAGACCACGCCUCGCUCAAGGACAGCUACAGCACAGAACGCGACCGCGCAGUCCUUUAUCUUGCCCGAUCUCCCCAACCUCACGGAGCUUGUCUCCGGCGUAUUUGACGAUGGCACACCAGUCUUCUCCAAAACUGCACCCUCACGAUCACGCUUCGCGGCCCCACCAUACGGCGGUCGCCGACCAUCGCACAUUCCCAUCGAGGGUGCGCCUAUACCCGACGAAGAGAAGGCCAUCUUUGCUGCUCUCCAGCAGCUGCAAGAGAAGAUUGCAGACAUGGAGCGUGAGCGUGAAGAGAAGGACAAGAAGAUGGACGAGCAAGAGCUGGAGUUGAUCGAGCUGAGAGCGACUACGCAAGCUCAAGAGAAGUUGCGACGAAGUGACAGCGCGCAGGACUCCGAUGCUGGCGGAAAGAACGGUUGGAAGGUUGAGAAGACGCGUCUCGAUGCUACUGUACAAACCCUCCGAACGAAGCUCGAUCGCGCCGACCGCAAAUUCGCUGUACUUGAAAUCGAGAAGAAACGUCUGAGCACCGAGCGGGACAACAUGGCCAAUCAGCUGGGUGUCGCGUUCCAGACUUGCGAGGAGCUGAAGACUGAGAAGAACGCCUUGAGCAACGAGAAUGAUCAACUUCGCCAGGAGGUUGACACGCUUCGUGCGGAAAAUGAAUCCCUUCGCGAUCAACUAGAGCAAGACCUGUCGCACCACCGAGAAGAGACCAUCCAACUCCGACAACAGUUCGACCAGGCCGCAAACGCAACCCAAAGGGAGAACGCAAACCUACACGCUGAGUUGGCUCGUGUACGCGCUCAACAGGACGAAAACACCCAGCAGUUGACUCGUAGGGACAUGGAACUACGCAAGGCACGUCAAGAACAUGCUGAGUAUGCUCGUCUAAAGUUCGAUCACGAGUUGCUCAAAUCUCAGCUGGCAGAACUGAAGGCGAAGCGCGAGGAGGACGUUCAGCGCUGGUCUCGACAGGAAGCCUCACUGCGAGCUCAGGUUGGCAGACGUGAUGACACCAUCCGACACUUUGAGGAUAUGACUCAAGAGCGAACAAACGAGGCCAUGCGUUUGGAUAACGAGAAUCUGAGGAAUGAGCUGAGGGAGCUGCAGGCGCAGCAAGACGAGGAGAAUGAGGAGUGGGCUAGGAAGGAGGCGGAAUUGCAGCGAAAGGUCCGACAGCGUGAGAUCGCCGCGAGAAAGACUAGGGAGAACGACACGGAGCAUAUUUUCGAAGACACUCUGCAACGCAAGCCUAGCUAUCGUCGCGAAGACACGCGAACGCGCAUCAGGAACCGUGUUCAACAGGAGGUCCGCAACAGCAAGGUUACCAACACUGCAAACCAGGAGAGCCCACGGAAGUCGUUCACCGGACACUCGAGGUUCUCAACCCGCAGUUUUUCGGCGCCUGUUCCAGCCGACAAGCAUGCGCGCGCUGAAAGCGACGUGGAGUCCACGACUGAUCUUUCACUUGCGCCUCGCGCAACUCUUCGCAUCUCGCGAAACCCUGCUUCCGCUAGACAGACGACAACCAUUCAGCCACCUACCGAUCUAAGUCUGACGGAGUUGAGCUUCUUCCCCCAGGAAGAGAUUGCGAGACUGAGACGAUCGCUGGAGGAACAGCGAGCUGCUGAGCGUCAUGGCGCUUCAUCUGCUAAACCGGAAGAGCCUGUCCGCGAGGACACUGUUCGAUCGCAGCGACAGACUCGCGAAGACACUGUCCGUUCAGUUGCUUCCGCUAAGAGUGAACGCCGACCUUCUCUCGUGCGCAAGUCAUCACUCAAAGACACCACGCAGCGCACAAGCAACACGCACUUCUCAGAGGACACGGGCAACAUGUCCAACCUAGACGCCGAUGACGCGGAAGCAACGCAAACCAAGCAGUCUGCUGUUGACGCGUCGAUGCUCAGCAACACUAGUCGACGUCGCCGCAGUGCGCCUGCUACAGAGAUGACGUCUGCUUUCAUCUUACCCGAUAUCAAACUCAAUUCCACAAACCAGACUACCCGCCCCAUCACCAAAGAACACGACAACGACAACUGCACCGUCUGCCGCCGCGAAGGCUUUACCACGGCCACAUCCGCUCUCGUAGUCCCCAAACUCCAAAAGGUAUCUGAACGCACAAAGGAGGAAGUGGACGCUACACUUCGCCCUGCGCAAUCGCCCCGCGAGGCCCUCGCACUUGUAGUAAAAGGGUUGAACGACGAGCGUAUCCACCUAACUGCCGAGUUGGCAGUCCAGACCGCACUGCUGGAAUGCCACGACCCCAGUCUAGGAUUCCGAAGAAGAUCAGCCAUUGAAACUUCCGUCCAGGACCUCCUGAGGAGACUGGGCUGGAUAGACCAGCAGAUUUACCGUUUGCAUGAUGUCUUGGAGGGGCAGGACGAGCUUACCGAACAAGGCGUUGAAGAGAUGACUAGGGAGCUUGACCUUGGACAUGCAGCUGCAGUUGCAUCACAAGAACAGACCACCGAGAAGAAGGCGAAGAAGGUUACUAUUCGCAGUUUUGUCGAUGAGGAUGAAGAUGAGAGUGUAGAGAUGAGGAGGGGGCUGGGUCAACAUGGUGGACGUGGUGCUGAGAGUGAUGAUGAGACUCAUGAGCUUCCUUGGGAGGGCUUCGGUGAUGAGAGUAUGGAGGGGGAUGUUAGUUAUAACGCUCUUGAGGGGUGGAGGGGUGCUGGUGUACACUGA